UAAAGCAUUAUACUCCACGCGUUUUGCACUCGAACGGUUGAAACCGAACGGGUCAAAUUGUAGCCGGAGUACUUCGGAGUAACUCGGGAGCGUUCAAAGGGCAUCCGAAAGCAGCUAAGCGCACAUAAUACAUGCACUUCUCACUGCCAUUGAACUUGCGUCGUAAUUCAUGACAUUUGACAUUUACCGCAACGCCCCAAUACGAAAUAGCGCAAUGACCCAAAUAAGAAAUAGCGCACUCGAGUGCACUCCAAAUGAUGACGUCAGAACACUCUGACAAACAACAACUUUACCUUAACACUCCAUUUCUAAACGCACUCCUGCUAAUAGUGGUGACGUCACCCGCAGACCUUGAUGGAAUGCUUGCGAUUCAGCGUUUCACAUCUGUGUGGUAGCUGGUCACGUUAUUACGGUUCCGGUUCAGCACGCUCUGUUCUUCGAGCAAAAUACCGAACGCAAGCGAAAUUGAGCUGGAAGAUUAUGACAACUGACGUCUGACAUGCCCGUUGCCCAUGAAUUAAGGUUAUAAAUAAUGUGAAUUUUAUGGGAAAAAUCAAAUCACAAAACUGAGAAUUACUUUUAAAAUCGGCGUUCUUUGCAGUGUAUACUUGUUUCAUUUUUUUUAUACAUGUAUAAAGUGAGAUGGAGGAAAAACCAGCUACGCUGCCAGCAAGAAAAACUUUCAAAAUACUGUGUACCCAAUAUCCAGCAAUUUUUGAUGAGGACAGACCCCUAUGCCGAAACUAUUUUCGACAAUUCGGCAAAGUGUUGCGCCUAGUCAACAAAGAGAAAAAACGAGAAAUUGUCGUGGAAUACCCCAACGAAAAUUCCUAUCUAAAUGCACUAACAGGGCCCAGUGAAUAUGAUGGACAAUCUUUUAAAGUUGAACCUUAUGAAUCAACACAUAGACCAACUCAAUCUCAAAAUGAAAAAGCCCCAACUAAAAAACAUCCUAGAGAAAAACUUGUAAGAAAACACAAAAUUGCAUAUGUUAACCCUAAAAGGUUAAUCAAACGACCUCAGGUGUCUUACAUCGACGACCACGAAAUAAAUGAAGAACUAGCCUCAAUGGGCGCUUAUACAGACACAAAUUUCGAUAUAAUCGACCUCACUACAGAUUUGCCCCCAGAAAAACCCCAAAGACCAAAAUUAAACAGAAGUGCUCUGACAUGGAAAAAAGAAAAUGCAUCAACAUCAUUAGAAGUUGACCAAACAUCAUCAACUAAAAAAACCAUUGUACAGGCAUUAACCAAAAAAAAGGUCAAAGAACAAACUAAAAUUUUAACCUCAGAACAAUUGGAUCUUCUUAAAAACAUAAACGCCCAAGCACAAACUGUAGAUGAAAAGUACAAAGUUCUAGAUGCCAGGGACAAAUUGUUGAGGUCAAUAAAUAAAAUGUCUCAGCUUAAAUCGAAUGCCACGGUGGGAACUUGCCCAGACAUGUGCCCAGAAAAAGAAAGAUUAUUGAGAGAAAUUCAACAUCAAGUGUCUAUUUAUGAGCAAGAUAAAGCUGGCAGACAUUUUAUGGAUCAUUCAAAAGCAGUCAAACAAUACAGUAGAAGUUCUGCUGAUCAAGAAGCUCCACUUGCUCAUGAGCUACGCUCAGUCAAUGUAUUGAACAUGACCAUGACUUAUUUGAUGUAUCGCAUAAUGGAUUUGUCUCAGGAUGAAUUAGGAGGGAAUAUAGGUGAAUGGUACCAUUUUCUUUGGGACAGAACUAGAGGUAUAAGAAAGGACAUAACACAACAAGCUCUUUGUUGUCAAGGAUCUGUUGUAUUAGUUCAGCAAUGCGCAAGGUUUCACAUACAUUGCUCAGCAAGGUUUAUGGGUGAAGACCCAUCAGUUUUUGAUCAAAAAAUCAAUACAGAAAAUUUAACUAAAUGCUUGCAAACUCUUAAAUAUAUGUAUCACGAUUUGGAAGUUAAAGGCGAAAAGUGCCCCAACGAAGCUGAAUUUAGAGCCUAUAUAAUAUUAUUGAAUCUCAGUGAUGGGAAUUUUAUGUGGGAAGUACAAGAGUUGAGGGAAGACAUUAAAAAAUCCCCAGAAGUAAGAUUUGCGCUUCAAAUUUAUUCAGCUUUUGAAAAACGAAAUUAUGUGAGAUUUUUUAAACUUAUAAAAUCAACUACUUAUUUGAAUUCCUGCAUUUUAAUGAGGUAUUUUGUCCAAGUCCGAGUACAAGCAUUAGAAACUCUGGUGAAAUGCUUUACACCACCAAAAAGUUUUUCGUUUUAUCCUGUUCAAGAUUUGGCUCAAAUAUUGUUUUUUGAUGACACAGAAUCUGCAAUAGAUUUCAUGAAAUCCUAUGGUGUAAAUGUAAAUAGUGAUGAGACAAAUUUUAUGUUGGACAGAAGCUGUUUUAUGCCGGAAUAUUCUUAUAUGUUGGAUAGAUCUAGGUUGGUGGACCAAAAAAUGACAUGUUCAUUAGGGGAUACAGUAAAUGGAGGAAAAAUAUCUCCUGAAAUGUAUAUGCAAAUUCAAUCCCAUGAAGUAUAUAAUAGUUUUGAUAACAAUGGUUAUCUCAUUCAGGAUGAAAUGUUCAAGGAUAUUGAGUUGAGCAUUGAAAAUAGAUUACUUGAGGAUGAAGUUGAUUCUAGAGAAUCUACUCCAGAAAGAAAAAGCAUUGUUACAAAUAUUUUUGCACAAAAAGCUACACCAGUGAGAAAAGCUGCUUCUCCAAAUAUAUUUAUUGCGCCAAAAGAGGAACAAAAUAUUUUCAUUAAGCCAUCAAAUAUUUUUGUACAGCCCAAGCCAGAUGCAGGCAAUAUUUUUCUGCAAAGUAAACCUGAUACAAGCAAUAUUUUUGCGCAAAAGCAGGAGAGUAAUAUUUUUGCUCCUAAAAAGGAAAAAGUGGAUAGUGCAAAUAUUUUUGUCCAGGAAGCUCCCAGAGAACUUGCAAAUAUUUUUGCACAGGAAGCACCUGAAAAACCUUCAAACAUUUUCGCCAAGCCAAACAUAUUUUCUAUGGAGACAAAACAGCGGGAUCCAAGAUUGCAAGGUUCCACAAUUAAUUUUGGUACCACAAUGGAACCUCCAAAAAAUAUAUUUUCAGUUAAGGAACCUUCAGAGCCUCCUAAAAAAGGUGGUUUUUAUUUCAACCUCAACAAUCCACAAGCACGAAAACCUGAAGAAACUUCUAAUAUUUUUGCUGGUGGAUUAGUAUCCAAUUUUGAAAAAGAAAGAGAAGAAAAUGAACUAGAAAAAUUGGAACUGGAAAGGUCGAGGCUUCAAGAAGAGAUCCGACAAGAAAUGGCAAGGGAGGAACAAGAAAGGCAGGAGCAAGAAUCAAUUCAAAGAAAAAAUGAGGAAAUCAGGCUUAGAAACGAAGAAGCUGCAGAAAGGAGACGUUUGGAGGCUGAAAGACUGAAACAUGAAGAAAUUGAAAGAAGUAAACGCUUGGAACAAGAGAGAAUUGAGCGAGAAUGGCAAGCAGAACAAGAAAGGAUGGAACAGGCAAGAAGAUUGGAAAAAGAAAAACGACGGAGAGAAGAAGAAAUAAGAAGACAAGAACUAGAACAUAAAAGAAUGCAAGCAGAAUUGGAGGAGAAACGCAAAAAGGAAGAAGAAAGGCAAAGAAAUCUAGAAAUUCAAAGAACUGUUACAUCAGUUGUCUAUAAAAUGGUUGAAACAGUAGAUCUAAAAAUCCGCCAAGACACCCUCAAUAGGAUAAGGCAAAACAUAAAACGUAGAUUUUUGAUAAAAAUGUGUGAAAAAUGGCGUAGCAUGACAAUAAAAAGAGUGAAGAAACGUAAAGCCAUGGAUUGCAAUCCUGUAUUUGUACACACCAAAAGUGUUACAGAGUGCGCUAGAGGUGUGAAGUCUAAGUCACAGGAUUUGGCACUCAGUGAAAUAAAGAGGUUUAAAUAUGGCAAACCACUUGAAAUCCCCAUGGUAGUCAAACAAAAAAUUGAGAAAAUAAAUUUAUUCCAUUUGACUUACUCUGCAUUGAGAAGAAGGUUGUGUGAACUUGAAGAAAGAUGGCAUCAACAUAUUUAUUGGAAAGUUGUCAUUUCUUUACCAGACAUAAAUGAAAUGAUAAUAGGCCUAAACAAGCUAGAAGAAACCUUGAAAAGUUGCAUCCCAUGGGAACUGCAGUUAUAUGGCAACACUGUAUAUAUUGAAGAACACAAAACUAUAACUUAUUGUGUAGAAAAGCAGCAAGGAUUUGAUGGUAAAAAUCCGGACGCUAAUGCUUUUAUUAUCAUUGCUAAAAAUUUCAAUGAAGUCAUGCAAAGGAGGGUAUUUGAAAAUUUAAAAGACUAUGGAGUUUUUGUGAAAGUGCCUUUGGUCGUUAUUAUGGAGGAAACUGCAAAUUCAGCAGAGUAUUUUAAUAAUCUGAAGGAUUCAGGGGUUGUGUCUGAUUAUGUUAUUUAUAAGUGUAAUUUAAAUUCUCAAGUUCUUCCAAAGAUAAUUGAGAGUGGUUUGAUUUUCCUAUCAAAACACAUAGAAAAAUAUCCACCUCUAGAAAUGGACACUUUGAGAGAAUUUUUGUGUGAACAUCUUUGUACAUCAAUAUGGGAAAAAGCAGGUACCUAUGCAAAGAAAAACCAAGAUUAUAACAUUUGCAUGCGAGAUCCCAAUAUAGUGAUAAAUUUAUAUAACCAAGGCCUAAAAUUACUAACUGAAAUUGUAACUGAUAAAAAAUGUAGGGAAUAUGCUAGAUUUCCUCAAGAAUUUAGAAACCAUUUGCCUGAUCAAGUGCCUCGCUAUUUUCCAUGCGAUUAUAGAUACUUUCCGGACUUCAUACUAAACCCAGAUUACCAGGACCAUUUAAAAUCUCUAAUGAAAACAAUGCAAUUGCCAAUGUUUCUUGAAAAGUGGCCCCCAAAUGAUGAUGAGGAUUUAGUAGACAGCCUUUCAAAGUAUUGUACAGAUUUAUUUGAAAAUCCAAAAGAGCCUCUAAUAGCCCUACUGAAUAUGUUUAAAAGUAAAAAUUUUAAUAAAAUUAUUUGGACUAAAGCCAUACAAGUGAUUGCUCUGGCAAAACUUAAUGAGCAAAAUCUGGAUUUACCACAAUCAUUUCAAACAGAGUUUUUUGAAACUUGCAUGGUUGUUUACAACAUAAACACGAUCAACGAAUAUUCAUCUUCAGAAUGGUUUUACUGGAAAAACCCUAUAAUUGACAGUUAUAAAAAAAUAGUUUCUGAAAAAAUACAAGAAGAAAUGGAAGAGAGGACACAAUCAAAAAAGAGACCGCUAGAUUUAAGUUUGGAUCCAGAAGAUGUGCAAAGUGUUAUAAGUAAAGCUGAAAGUGUACUUAGAUUGCCAACAAAUAUUUGUCAAGGAGUCAAAGAUGAAAUAGAUGAUUUCAAUAGAAGCCUGAAGGAUCUAGAAGAUUCUAUUAAUGUAGUGAAAAAGAUGGAUGAAAGAAAAUUGCUGAAACGAUUUGUUGAAGAUUAAGUAUUGUGUAGCAAUUAUAUUAUGAUUAUUGGAAAUUUUUAUUCCUUUAUUAAAUGUAUUUUUUUUUUAAUACAUUAUUGAUUGACUUUUUGAUAGGACAAGUUUUUUUUUUACCUGAAAACUUUAAAGUGCCCAAAUGGCUUUUAAGGUAACUUUUGUUAGGCGAUAUCAAGGUUAGAUUAUUCAAGAAAUUACUCUAAGAUGCAGACAAUAUAUCAAUAAAGUACUUUAAUAAUUAAAAAACAAGUAAUAGAACCAACACAAAAGUCAAUAAAAAGUUUAUAAAAUCUGCCUACUAAUACAUAUUUUAUAUGAGGCAAAAAUCUGUUUUCAAUAUCACAGGCAGAUAUAAAUCUAAUUUUAUUAAAGCUUACUAAUCCACAUUAUUUAAUCUGUUAACCGUAAUAUCUGUCCUCCUAUUCAAUAUUUCAACAGCCAUCUUAGGACUAAAAUUACUCACACCAAUUUCCUUUAAAGUUUUACCUCUGGUAUCUUCCACACCAGUGGCACCCUCUAAAGCCAGUAAAGUUUCUCUUAGUAAAAGAGCCGAUCCUUUUGAGAGAUUAAGCAAAGUACAGGACUCGAUUAAUUGAGUAAAAUAAUUAGCUGGAGUGUCGGUAUAGUCUGCAAAUAAUGGCAGCAAAUUUCUUGUGACAUCAAAUUUCAGCUGUAAAGCACCACCAUCAUUAAAUCUAUUAUCCAUGACUAAAUCCUCAAAUAAAUAUGUGUCUAAUUGAGUAGCAAUAUUCCUCCAGACAAUUCUAAAUAAUUUGGUUUGGAGUUUCUUUUGAAGCUGGUGCAACCUUUUGGCUAAAACUUCAAAUAUAGGGCAAGCUGCUGGAGUAACAGACAAACUUCUAAACUCCUUUGUUACUUUCAUAGAAGUCCACCGCUCCCUUCUAUAAUCCCAUCCUCGUUUUUUUAUUUCCAUAAUAACAGCCUCCACAAGCCCUGAUAAUAGAUCCCGCCUGAAACGUCUGUAUAGGGACAAAGUCUCAGCAAAUAAUGAGUCAGAUUCCGAGUCCAGGGUUGUUUCAUCAAAAUCGUUUAGAAGAGGUGAUAGAGGACUGGUGGGAGGCUGUUUUGCUCGAUUUUUGUAGUAAUAUAGUGUCAAAAAAUG